AUGUCGUCCCAAUCGGAACCCAUCUACCCACUACACCUCCCACCACCAUUCCACAAAAUCUCCCCUCCACCCCUCCUCGUCACCCAAGGCGCAGAAGGCCACUUACUCAAGACCGUCUUCCUCGACUCCAACACGCCGGCCGCAUUGAAAGUCCGACCCUCGAAGCAGUACCGACACCCUACGCUGGACCGGAGAUUGACGAAGCAACGGGUCCUUGCCGAAGCGAGGAUUUUGGUCAAGCUAGGAAACUUGGUGGUGGGGGUGCCCGGGGUUUAUGGGUUGGACUGGGUUGGUGAGGGGAAGGGCACAGGUAAGGGGAGUCGGAGUGGGAAGGAGGAGACUGGUUCCGUGGGAGCGGAGGUUGGGGAGGGAUCUGGGGAGGGAUCUGGGGAGGGAUCUGGGGCUGGGGCGUGGUUGCUGAUGGAGUGGAUUGAGGGGAGGAGUGUAAAGCAGCUGUUGCAGGAGAGGGAUCGGUUGGAGAAGGCUGGGGCUGAUCUUGUGGGUCUUGCGGAUGAGGAGGCGGUGAGGAGGCUGCUUAGGAGGGUGGGCAGAGCGGUGGGUGAGAUGCAUUCGGUUGGGGGGGUGGUGCAUGGCGAUCUCACGAGUAGCAAUAUUAUGGUGCGACCGACUUCACAAGGGGGCAAGACUGACGGUGAAGCUCAUGCCGUGGAUCAGGAUCUUAGCCUUGAGGGCGAGAUCGUGCUGAUUGAUUUUGGACUGGCAACGCAGAGUAUUCAGGAUGAAGAUCGUGCGGUGGAUCUCUAUGUGCUGGAGAGGGCUUUUGGCUCUACUCAUCCAAGGCAGGAGGGGAUGUUUGCGGAGGAGGUGCUGGAGAGUCAGGAUGGCUACCGGGGUUCUUUCAAGGGGAGCCGAGUGGUGCUGAAGAGGCUAGAAGAGGUCCGACUACGAGGUAGGAAGAGAAGUAUGGUUGGUUGA